AUGCAUCCGUCAGGCAGAUACGCAGGUAAGAAGGUCGUCAUUGUGAAACCUCACGAUGAUGGUACCAAAUCCCACCAAUUCCCACACGCUAUUGUCGCCGGUGUCGAGAGACAACCACUCAAGGUGACCAAAUCCAUGGGAAAUAAGAAAGUUGCCAAGAGAACUAAGAUCAAGCCAUUCGUGAAAAUCAUCAACUACAACCACUUGAUGCCAACCAGAUACUCGUUCGAGGUUGAGUCUUUCAAGAACGCUGUCUCCGUGGAAGCUUUGUCCGAGCCAUCCCAAAGAGAGGAAGCCAAGAAAGUGAUCAAGAAGGCAUUUGAGGAGAGACACCAGGCAGGCAAGAACAAGUGGUUCUUCACUAAGCUUGCUUUCUAA